GUACGUGCAAAGUGCUGCCGCGGCCGUCAGCUCGAUGGUAGCAGCGCUGCUGUGUGCAUGAGGAAGAGCGGCGCGCAGCAUCAUGGGCACCGGGGAUUACAUCUGCGUGACGCUGCGUGGGGGUGCACCCUGGGGAUUCACCCUGAGAGAGGGAGAGGGAGACACCUACAGACCCUUCCUCAUUUCACAGGUGGAAGAAGGAGGCCGUGCCUUCUCGGCUGGCGUGCAGGAGGGCGACGAGGUGGUGUCGCUGAACGGAGAGCCGUGCGCCGAGCUCGCCCUCUUACGGGCCCUUGCCCUCAUCGACACGUCAAUCGACCGCCUGCAGCUGCUUCUCAAAAGAUACGGCUCCAUUCCUGAAGACGAGGAAUCAGACACACAUUGUGGUGAGAGGGAACCUUCGUCUGAGGCUUUAGCGAGCACCACCCUCCACAUCCUCUCCCCAAAGCACAGAUCCCAAAGCCCGAGGGAACUCUACAUAUCCGAGUCCCAGGACCAGGCCUACUAUGGGGAGCCGGACAGCAACACAGAGGCCCCCAAGGGACCCCAGUUGCUUUGCACCCAGCUGGAUGCGCCCCUGUCUGAUGGUCAGAGAUGCCAAGAGCCUGUUAUCAGGGAGAAAGAAGGACAACGGUGUUUCUCCCCUGGGAACAUGGUGGAGCUCCAGGUUUCCCUGUCUGAGCAAACUUCGGACCAGGCGGGCUGCUGCUCUCUUGGGAGUGCACUCGGGGUCGAGGGGGGACUCUCAGACAGGGAGGUUAUCGAGACCAUCCACACCUCCGCCAUAUCGCACAAUGUGCCGAGCUCCGUGAGAGAGCCACUGGGCCAGCAUGGGGUGGUGCUCGGCUCCCCUUCGGUGCUGGGGCAGGUGGAGGUCAUUUUGCAGCAGCCAUCAGCAGCCGGGGCAGGGAGGGGCAUCUUGAGCGUGGGAGGCCCCAGGGUCAGUGGAAGCGUAGGCUCCCAAAGUGAAGGGGAAGAAGGAGGAGGGUACUGCGAGGGAGACCCUGGGUCUUUUACGGUCUCAUUUGGAAUUCCCACAGAUGAGGCGUCACAGGCAGCAGAGCAGGACUCCGACUCUGAGGGGGAUCGAGACAAACCUAACAAGCAUCGGGCAAGGCACUCCAGGCUCAGGCGUAACGAGAGUCUGUCCGAGAAGCAGCUGAAGGAGCACAAGUCCAAAUGUAAACUUAUUGCUCUCCUCCUCACGGCUGCUCCGCCCAACCCCAACAACAAAGGGGUGUUGAUGUUCAAGAAACAUCGGCAAAGGGCCAAGAAGUACACGCUUGUGAGCUACGGCACUGGAGAGGACGAACCAGAGAACAGCGACGACGAGGACGAGGAAGAGGAAGACGAAAAACAAGAAACCCAUACUGUCGAAUUUACCCUUGUGGCUCCGAGCGAUUCUGACCUAGAUAAGAAUUUCCUGACUAAUGUCCACAGUAGCAAAGGUGUGCUGACUAUCAACUGGGACAAAGGUCUCCUUGAUAUUGAAAGGAACCUGAACAACAAAGCAGAGAUGGAGUGUUUGCCUGAUACCAAGGGAAAGGGGGCCCUUAUGUUUGUCCAGCGGCGUCAGAGGAUGGAUGAGCUAGGUGCUGAGCACGAUGAGCUCCGGCGCCAGGGGAUUCCCGUGGAAGGAGUGCCGGAGCCUGAGAAGAAGACAAUGGAGCAGUCUUAUAUGCAGUCAACGACAGAGGGCCAUGCUUACAUGGAUGUAAAUGUACACCAGCAAAGCCAACAGCAGUACCAGCAGUAUCAAGAGCAACAGUUCCAUGAGCAACAACAGAGCUACCAACAGCAGCAACAGAGCUAUCAACAGCAGCAACAGAGCUAUCAACAGCAGCAACAGAGCUACCAACAGCAGCAAGCAUACCAACAGUACCAGCAACAGCAGUAUGAGCAGCAGCAUUAUCAACAGCAGCAAGUGUAUCAGCAGCAGCAAGAAUAUCAGCAACAGCACCAGCAAAUGCAGCAGUAUUCUUCAAACAUCAAUGGCACAGUCCAACAUCAAACCAAUGAAAUGCAGAGUUCUUUAAGCAAUCGCACUGCAAAGCCUUUCUCAGCUGCUCCGACAAUGUGUGGGACCAAUACAGAUUCGGUGGGUCAAGGGGAGGAGCUAGCAUCCCGAGAUGAGCGCAUAGCUACCCCUGCUAGUAGGACUGGCCUUCUGAUGGAUGCAAGGAAAAGAAAUACUGGCAAGCAAAUGUUCACAUUUAAGGAAGCCCCAAAAGUGUCACCUAACCCGGCCUUAUUGAACCUCCUAAACAAGGGUGAUAAGAAGUUGGGUUUUGAGUCAGGACCUGAGGAAGACUACCUCAGCCUUGGGGCUGAGGCUUGUAAUUUCCUCCAGCCUCCACGAGCUAAACAAAAGAAUCCUCCACCAGUGGCUCCAAAGCCUGCGAUCGACCCCAGCUCUCUCUGGUCCCCACAGAUAGAAAUGAACAACCAGGACAUGGCUCAGUGUGCUGAAAAUAGUGCUUCCACACCUGCUGCUGCCCCCACCACAGACACUACUCCUGCUCCAGAGCAAGAGCCAACCCCUGCACCUGCUCCUGAACCCUCUUCCCCUCCUGCCCCUGCGGAGGCUGCUGCCAGCACCAAUACAGAAGGGCAGCACACGUGGACUCUCUCAGAGCCUGAAUCUAAAAAAGAGCCUAUCCAAGUGACAACUCAAGAGGAAAAUGGUCAAAUUUAUUCUAAUCCGCAGCCAGAGCCUUUACCUGUAACCACCUGGGCCCCAGCACAAUCCCAGUCACAACAAGCAUCUACCAAUUCCUGGCAUCCAGUUCAAGUGCAACCACAGGAACCACCUCCAAGUCAGUCCCCACCACAGUUACCUUGGGUGACAAGACAAAAUUCUCAGACCCUGGCUCAGCCUCCACCCCCCACAAAGACUUGGACCCCUCAAAUUCAGCCGUCCUGGAGUCAGCCUCAAGAACCGGCACAAGCCCAGACACAUGCUCAGGCAGCCUGGGCCCAGCCUCCAGAGCAACCACAGCCUCAUCCACAGAUCCAACCACCAUGGGCCCAGCCUCUAGAGCAACCUCAUCCUCAGCAACAGGCCUAUCCACCCUGGGCCCAGCCUCUAGAGCAACCACAGUCUCAGCCACAGGUUCAUCCACCCUGGGCCCAACCUCUAGAGCAACCACAGCCUCAGCCACAAGUUCAGCCACCCUGGGCCCAGCCUCUAGAGCAGCCUCAGCCACAAGUUCAGCCACCCUGGGCCCAGCCUCUAGAGCAGCCACAAGUUCAGCAAAUGCAACCAACUUGGGGUCAGCCUCAAGAACAAGUGCAGCAGCAGACCCAGGCCCCAUGGGCAAAGCCAUUAGAGGCGGAUACACAGCCUCAACCGCCAUGGAUGCAACCAUCCCAGCAGAAAUCCCAAGUACAACCUCCUUGGGUUCAACAGGCUCAGCCAGAAUCCGAGCCACAGUCGCCGUGGGUUCAACAACAACAGAAACAGGCUCCACAACAAGCUUGGCCACAGGCCCAGGCACCCUCUCAAUCACAGCCACCUUGGGUCUCAGCUCAGCCUCAGCAGCAACAGCAGCCCUCAAUUAAUGCAUGGCCACCAUCACAAGCUCAAGCCCAAGCUCAGCCCCCAUGGAUGCAAGCACCCCAAGCACAACCUCAAGCGCAGCCUCAAGCCAAUUUGAAUCCAUGGGCACCAGUACCUGCCCAGGCUCAGCCCCAACCAUCAUGGCCCCAGCAACCUCCAGGGCAUGGACAGCACUCAAUGAAUUCUUGGGCUCAAGAGCAAAACCAGGCCCCAAAUCAACCACCACAUUGGGCUCAACCAGUUCCAGCCCAGUCCACACCACAGCCAAACUGGCAACCAGCCACAGCAAAGUCUCCACCACAGCCAUCAACGAAUACAGCCUGGCCUCCAGCUCAGACUCAGCCUCAGACACAUUGGGCACAAGAGUCCCAGCAAACACCUGUGAAUGUUUCCACGUCAAUGGUGAACACUCCUCCUUCUCCAAAACCAUGGCUUCAACCACAAAAUGCCCCACAAAACCGCACCCCACCCUCUCCACCCCAGCGAAUGCACUCUUUUACCAUACGUCAAAGAGCUUCACCGCCGAUCAACCCGAUGGCCACUAUCUUAAACCCAUCAUCAGCAGAUCCAGCGAAUGACAUGCCAGUUGUAAGAGGGAAGGGAGCGGAUAUGUUUGCCAAGAGACAGUCUCGUAUGGAGAAGUAUGUUGUGGACUCCGAGACUGUGGAAGCGAACAAGGCAAGCCGGUCAUCAUCACCAGCAGCCUCCUUACCGAAUGAGUGGAAAUAUAGUCCAAAUGUACGUGCUCCACCUUCACGGGCGUAUAAUCCUAUUCACUCACCUUCUUAUCCCCCAGCAGCGACAAAGCAGAUCCCUCAAUCUAGUCCUGCAUCCAAAGAUAAGAAAAAAGCCAAAGGGAAACCUGCACCUAAACCCCUUAAUGUUAUAGAUGUGAUGAAGCAUCAACCAUAUCAACUUGAUUCCUCUCUCUUUACUUAUGGUCCAGGAGUGGUGGCUCCGAAGCUCCCUGCGCCUAAGCCCGAUAGUUCCCCUUCUGACCCCCCUGCUGAAAACCAACCAAUUAGUUAUGAGCAAAUGGCUCCCAUCCAACCAACUGGACCACUUAUUGCUCCAUACCCCCAGCAGGCCUAUGGGAUGCCCAUGCAGCCAAUGAUGCAUGAGGGCCACUACCAGCAAACCCCAGCUAAUGUUUAUGCCAACCCUAAUGCUUAUCAGCAACCCCCUGCUGGCCCUUACCAGCAAGCAUAUAACCAACAGUAUCAACAAGCUGCCCCACCUGUUAAUCAUCCCCAAGCUCCUCAACCGGCAAACCCUUCCUACCAACAGGCACCGCAGGUUCCUUACCCACCGGCCAGCAGCCCUCCCUACAUGGCGGCUCCUUCAGUGCCUUACCAGCCACAGCCUCCCAGUAGCUUUGUUGUUCCUAGUUUCCCUGUGGCUGCUAGGCCUGAAUCUGCAUCAGGUGGCAACCCUGCAGCCGCUCCUAAGCCUAGAUUUACUGCCAAAAAGAGCACAGCUCAGGUGUGGAAGCCGGCAGAAGUUGAUAAAGAGUGAUUUCAUUACAUGCAAUGUGUCGGCUUGAACCGCAACGUUGGUGCUCUUACAGUCCAAUGGCAUGUGGAGCAUUAAGAGCACAUACAAGUGCUGUAAUGACAUUGUACAAUUCCACCUGCUCUUGACAUUGGACAGAGCUUGGUGGUUCUCAAAGAGAUAAUGUGAAUGGUGUCAUAAAAUAUUAGGAGCAUAAGAAUAAGAACAGGAUGUAAGUAUAGCUCUUUAGACACAGAGGAGCAUUUCUAUAUAAGUUGAUGCAUAUGGAUAGUUCACUAGAAAUAGAUAUAUACAAUAUAAAUUGACUAAAGACUCAAAUAACUAUUGAUAAAUGUUGCGCAAAUUAUGUGCAAAAGAAGAAGAAGAAGAAAGGAUGUAGGAGAGGCUGAAAGAAAGCUGAAAGAAAAAACAAAAUCAAAACGGUGAAUGGUUCUCGACUGUGACAACAGGAAGUUGAUUUCUGAAAAGAAGAAAACACUAAAUGUGCCUAAAAACAGUAAAUAAAAAAAGUGGAAAAAUAGUAAUGACGUGUUGGAGGGGGAUGGUAAGCAGAGGGCUAAGUUUGUAAUCUUAGUGAUGUUGGUUCAAGGUACAGGGAUUAUGUAACGAUACUGGAGAAAACGGCAAUACUGCUUUAGAGUGACAACCAAACAGUGGCUUGCUUAAAUGCUUGAUUAGUAAACACUUUUUCUUCAGUGCUUUCUCUUCCAUAGCGCUCGCUGAAGUGGAUUAGUUUUAUUUUAAGCUUUUUACCAACUGUUGCAUCAUGUUAGGUCCUAUAUUUAAACGGCCUCAUGAGAGGGAGAGCUGUGCUCCAGGAAUAGACGGCUUGGAUUUCAACUGAAGCCUUAAGUGAAAGCUACAACCUGGACCCCUAUAAUAUUUUUUUGAAGAAAGCGAAAAAUGUAUUGUGUAAUGUAGUUCUAUUGCCCAUUGCCCAAUGUCCUCGUCUCACUCUUUAAUGCAUCUUCACCUGCUUUUGUUUUAUAUGAAGAGACAAUAUCCAAAAAAGGAGGAUUGUUCAAAGGAUGACCAGCUCAGUAAUGUUCACUUAUAUAUUUUUGGUAGAGGGCUGCCUCUGUUCUUUGUGUUCUUUUCUUUUCCCCGUGUGUGUUUCUCUUCAUAGUGCACUUUCUGUAUGAUUCACUGCAGUGCCAUUAAAAUGUCUUUUAUCCUUG